UAUUGCUCGUGUUGAUGGGGAGCAGCAUCCACCACGGCGCCGGCGAGAUGUGUUUGGAAGCAGCAGCAGCGGGCGGCAGGAGCAGGCGCGGGGGGAAGAAGCAGGCGGCUUCGGCGGCGGCGGCGGCUGAGCAGCAGAAGGUUCCCAAGCAGCCGCAGCGCGGGCUCGGCGUGGCCCAGCUGGAGAAGAUCCGGAUGCAGAACCAGAUGAUCGCCGCCUACCGCUCCGGCGGCCUGAACCCGCCGCCGCCCUCGCAGCACCAGCAGCAGCAGGUGCAUUUCGCCGCCGCCGCUGCUGCUGGCCCACCGCCGCCCGCCGCCGCGUCGCCGUUCCAGCCCUCCUCCUACCUCACUGGUUGCUUCGAGACGAUGGAUCACCGGAGGAUCGCGGCGGACGUGCAGUACGGGCAGUACUACGCGGAGAACCUGCUGCCGUACGGGUCCAGCCGGCCGCCGGCCACGUCGCCGCUGUACGUCGUCGUGCAUGACGCCAAGGACUCGUCGCCGCCGUCGGGCUACAUGCAGCACACGCCGCAGUACGACUACUGGGCGGCGCGCUCCAGCGGCGGCCACGAGCUGUCCGGCGGCGCGGGGAGCACGGAGGAGCUAGAUUUGGAGCUCAGAUUGUAGCGCGCCCGGGCAUGUACGGCCAGGAUCGAUCGAUCCAUGGAAGAACCGAAGAAGUGGUUUACUAAUUGAACACGGGUUCACCUUCACGCAUGGGCGAAGCGCCAUGCGAGAGAGAGCGGGGGCAGAGAGGAGAGAUCGUAGACUUAUUGGUUAGCCAAUCUAUAGUAAAUUCGAGUAGCAAAUUAAGAGCCACAGAUGAUCUUACAUUAGUGCUGUUGAGUUAGCUGCUGACGAAAUGGCAGAUAAGAUACUAGUACUACGUGCGUUCCGGGAACUGGAUUGAUUAUGACUGAUUGAUAAGCUUACGCCAUGCCAGUGCACACCAUCGAUGCUGUAAAUCAUGUUUAACACCUUAAUUCGAAAGUCACCUGUUUGUAGAGGAAGAGCUAGCAUGUAUGUGUUCUGUUCCAAGGUUUAAAAUUUCAAUCAGUGGGGUCCUGAAAUUUUACUC